AUGGCCCCAGAGGUUCACAUGCCAGAACCCUUGUGCCUCAUUGAGAACAUUCAUGGACAACUGAUGGUUAAUCCGAAAGCUCUGAAGAUCCUGCCUGCCAUUAAGCAGCCCGUUGUGGUGGUGGCUAUCGUGGGCCUCUACCGCACUGGCAAAUCCUACCUGAUGAACAAGCUGGCUGGGAAGAACAAGGGCUUCUCUGUUGGAUCCACGGUGCAGUCUCACACCAAGGGCAUCUGGAUGUGGUGUGUGCCUCACCCCUCCAAGCCAAACCACACCCUGGUUCUUCUUGACACCGAGGGACUCGGAGAUGUAGAGAAGGGUGACAAGAAAAAUGACACCCAGAUAUUUGUACUGGCACUACUACUGAGUAGUACCUUUGUAUAUAAUACCAUGAACAGCAUCAACCAGAGGGCUAUCGACCUCUUGCAUUUUCCUUAAUUGCAUUUCUGCUAUGUGACGGAACUGUCAAAUCUGCUCAGAACAGUUACCUCACCUCAUCUUGAUGGGGCAGAUGCUGCAGCUGAUUUUGCGAGUGUCUGUCCAGACUUAGUGUGGACUCUGAGAGAUUUCUACCUUGACCUGAAAGCAAAUGGGCAACUCAUCACAGCAGAUGAGUACCUGGAGAAUUCACUGAGGCCAAAGCAAGGCACCAAUCAACAUAUUCAAAAUUUUAAUUUGCCCCGUCUGUGUAUACAGAAAUUCUUUCCAAUAAAGAAAUGCUUUAUUUUUGAUUUGCCCACUCAUCGGAAGAAGCUUGCUCAGCUUGAGACACUGAAUAAUGAUGACCUGGAUCCUGAAUUUGUACAACAAGUGGCAGACUUCUGUUGUUACAUUUUCAGCCAUGCUAAGACUAAAACUCUUUCAGGAGGCAUCAAAGUCAAUGGAGCUCAUCUAGAGAGGCUGGUGCUGACCUAUGUCAAUGCCAUCAGUAGUGGGGAUAUGCCUUGUAUGGAGAAUGCAGUCCUGGCCUUGGCCCAGAUAAAGAACUCGGCUGCAGUGCAAAAGGCCAUUGCACACUAUGACCAGCAGAUGGGCCAGAAGCUGCAGCUGCCCACGGAAACCCUCCAGGAGCUGCUGGACCUGCACAGGGCCAGUGAGAAGGAGGCCACUGAAGUCUUCUUGAAGAACUCUUUCAAGGAUGUGGACCAAGUGUUCCAGAAAAAAUUAGGGACCCUGCUAGAAGCCAAACAGAAUGACUUCUGUAAAUGGAACUUGGAGGCGUCACUGAAUCGUUGCUCAGCUUUACUUCGGGAUAUUUUUCAUCCUCUAGAAGAAGAUGUGAAGCAAGGGAUUUAUUCAAAACCUGGGGGAUAUCAUCUCUUCAUUCUGAAGAGAGAAGAGCUGAAGGCAAAGUACUAUCAGGAGCCCAGGAAAGGAAUACAGGCUGAGGAAGCUCUGCAGAAAUAUUUACAAUCCAAGGAGUCUGUGCGUGUAACCAUUUGGCAGACAGACCUGGUUCUCACAGAAAGGGAAAAGGAGAUGGAAGAGGCGCGUGUGAAAGCCGAGGUCAUGAAGGCUGAGGUACAAAGGUUGGGGGCAAUUCUAAUGCAGUACCAGCGAACGAUGGAGUGGAGGCAGAGAUUCCAUCAGGAACAAGUGCGGCAAAUGGAGAUAGAGAGAUUGUGCCAGCAGGCACUGCAACAAAGGGCCCAGGAACGUCGACUCCAGGAGGAGGUUGAGAAGCUCAGGGAGACAUUGCAAGCUGAGAACAGAAAACUCCAGGAUGAGAUCCAGCAUCUCCAGAGGAAUGACUCACCAGAUGAUACAUGUAUCUUACUCUAA